GGACAACAAAGGGAGAAGAACUUGCCUUAGCAAACCCAUUGUCAGAUUCGACACGUUUGGCAUGGCGCCUUGUGUCGGAAAGGAAAAUGCGCCGCCUUGUCAACAACAAGUCGCGACGAACGCAAAUGACAAUGAGGCGCCGCUGAAGAAGAAUUGGUCCGUUGCGGUCAUCGAAGCCAAGCAGGAUGUGAUUCAGAGAUUCCAAGCCUGGUGGGCGGCUGGCAAGGGCACCACUGCAGCUGCAGCGCACCCUCUUCUGCGUGUGGUGGAUGCAGCGAUGCUUGCGGAGAUCGUCGCGGCCGGAGCUGCUUAUCACAACUGCAUUGGCAUCGAGAGGUUGGACAGCUUGCUGAACACCCUGGACAAGGCCGCCCAUGACGCCAGCUUGGACUCCUUGAGGAAGGCCAUGCAGACGAAAGGCGGCGCCAAGAACCAGGCGCGCGCCGUCGGCUCUCUGCUCUUCAGCGCGGCGGAGUCCAUCUUCCAUGCGGAGGGAGGGGGCGAGUCGGGAAAGGUCCAAGAGCCGCAGCCAAGGGCCGAGGAGGUGAAGGAGGUGAAGGAGGCGGAAGUUGAAGCGCUGGAGCCGGCAGUGCUGUUCCAAUGCACCGGGCCAGAGGAUGCGUCCAUCGCCGUGAGGCGUGAGCCGCGGCAGGAGAGUGAGCUCCUGACGACGGUGACCCGUGGCGCGGAGGUGUUGGCGGUCGCGCGGCAGGGGGCGUACCUGCAAAUCAAGCGUGACGGGCAACCGCACGGCUGGGUUCUUCGAGUCUUGGGAGACCUCGUGCUCUUUGUGGAGAAGGCGGGGGACGCACGAGAGGAGCCAAAAGCGGCGGCUCCAAGCCAGGCUGCGGAAGAGAUGGCGCCAGCGGCACCACCGGCAUCAGCCGCAGCGGCACCGGCGCCAGCGGCCGCCACGGAGGCAGCACCGCCAGUGGCGGCCGAGUUGGUGCAGCACGAGGUGGAGACGGCGGCUGCGUCGACGGAGGCAGUUUUGGAGCAGGAGGGCCAGAUUCAGCGGUUCCAGUGCUGGUGGGCGGAGGGGCACGGAACUGCUGCGGCCAGGUCAGAUCCUAUGCUGUCGCUCCUCGACCCGAACCUGUUGCACGAGGUGAUUGCCGCAGGGGCGAACUACCACACCUGUCUGAGCGCGGGUCGGCUCGACACGCUGCAGCGGAGCGUGGACCAUUCCAGCAGCCCAGGGGCCCAGCCCCUGCGCCGCGCCCUGCAGUCCAAGGGUGGGGCCAAAGCGCAGGCCCGUGCAGUGGGCAGCGUCCUGUUUAAGGCGGCCAUGGAUGUUUUCCUCCAUCCGCGGGACGUCCCCGACCCGCAGCCGCAUGAGGAGCCGAAGGCUCAGGCGGACGAGACCUUCCGACCCAAGCGGCGCUUCGCGUGCUCCGAGUCCUUCCCCAGCAACGCGACCGUGGCGGUGAGAUCCGCCCCGUCGCUGCAGAGCCAGUUCUUGGCCAGCUUGCCCCAUGGCACAGAGCUUUGGGCAACUGCCCGGUACGGCGACUUUUUGCAGUUUGACUUACAGGAGCCUGCGUGUGUCGCCUACGUGCCGCUGGUGUUUCAAGGUAUGCAACUGUUUGUGAGCGAAGCCGAGGCACCAGUGGAGCGGUCCGAGCCGGAGCUGCGAGAGGUGAGCCGCGUGCAGCGUGGCCCCAGCGCGCCGGACGGCUCCGGCGCGCCCGGCGCGUGCGCCUGCGCCUCGGGCGAGCGUUUGGCGCAGAUGGAGGGGCGCAUGGAGCGGCAGGAGGCGGUCAUCAAAGCCCUCCAGGCUGAGCUGGCGAGCCUCCGCGCGCACAUGGCGGCUGUGGCAACGGCCUUCGGCGCCCUCGCAAAGCCGUGAUUCGAUCAAUUCAGAAUUCGAUACAUCCCUGAGGACCCAGCUGGACGUCA